ACUGACGCCCUCGCCAUUCGCAGCCAUGCUUGCUCUUGCUCUUCUUGCCCUCCCUUCUGCUGCGCUGCCGACUGCGCCGACGAGACGCCCGCCUCUUCCGACGCGCUUCGCCGUUGUCGCUCAUGGAUUUCCUUCUUUUCUCCCCAAGCAAGUUCAACAAAUCAAAGAUCCCUUCGCUAGGAACUUCGCUCUGAGGAUUCAGCGACUUCCCGUUCCUGUUAACUUCUCAGAAAAUCCCAUCAUGAGUAGUUGCGUGAAGCCAAAGAUGCGGAACAAGGCAAAUCCAAUAGUUCUUCUGCACGGUUUUGACAGCUCAUGUUUAGAAUGGAGAUAUGCCUAUCCAUUGAUUGAAGAAGCUGGUUUUGAGACCUGGGCCAUUGACAUUCUUGGUUGGGGUUUCUCUGAUUUAGAAAAUCUUCCCUUUUGCGACGUGGCAUCCAAGCGCCACCAUUUCUAUCAGUUUUGGAAAUCCUACAUCAGCAGGCCAAUGAUAUUGGUAGGCCCAAGCCUUGGCUCUGCUGUUGCCAUUGACUUUGCCGCCAAUCAUCCAGAAGCUGUGGAAAAGCUUGUUUUGAUUGAUUCCAGUGUAUAUGCAGAGGGAACAGGACAGCUAGCAACCUUACCUAGGGCGGCAGCUUAUGCUGGGGUAUACCUAUUGAGGAGCAUCCCUCUGCGCUUAUAUGCGACCUAUUUGACCUUCUCUGACGUAUCAUUUCGUACCAGUCUCGACUUGGCUAGUGUGGGUCGCUUGCAUUGUUUAUUGCCUUGGUGGGAGGAUGCUACGGUAGAUUUCAUGGCCAGUGGUGGUUAUAAUGUUGCUUCUCUGAUAAAAGAGGUAAAGCACAAAACUCUCAUCAUUUGGGGCGAGAAUGAUCGCAUCAUCAGCAAUAAGCUUGCAGUGCGACUGCAUUCUGAGUUACCUAAUGCAAUUUUACGCCAAAUACCGAAUUGUGGCCAUCUCCCUCAUCUUGAAAGGCCUGGUUCAGCGGUCAAAUUGAUUCUUGAGUUUGUUCAGAGAGAAACCAACAUGGUAAAUCACUGUGUUUCGCACAUAUGAAGGUAAUUGGAGGCUUCUCUUUGGCUAUUUAUUUAUUUAGUUGGGGUAUGAAAGAUAGGAACAAUAGAUGCGAUCACAAAAGUUUAAAAUGGCCUGGAAAUAGCUAUAUGGAUUAGUAUACAGCUGGGUGUGGAAACCCUAUAUAUGUUGCAUGAACCGAUCCUUUGUGAAUGUUAAUAUAAUAUAGAAUUC